GAAUCUUUCAGGUGAUAUUGAAAUGUGAAAUUGCUAGGGUUUUUGAAAUGCUUGAUGUUAGAGAUUGGACUGAUUAGAGAGUAGGGUUCUGUUUUGAACUGGGUUUAGGGGAAAAUGGAGGUAGUGGAAGGUUGUGGGGUUAGUGAAGUAGAAAAUAGGAGGAGGAGAGCUGAAGAGAGAUGUGGGGAGUUGGAGUUGGAGAUUGUGAAGAGAAAGAGUGAGUAUGAAGCUCUUGAGGUUAAGUUUCGGGCUUUGGAAAGCGAAAAGCUUGCGAUGGAAGAAGAGAUUAGGGCAUUGAAGAGAAGGAGUGGUGAAAUUAAGGAGCAAGGUAAUGGUGGUGGAGAUGAGAAGAGGAAGUUGGAGAAUCGGAUGGAGAUAGUUGUUGAUCUGGAUGAGGGUAAUGUGGAGGAAGAUAGGGUGUUUCAGCUUAUGGUUGAGAGCGAGGUGUUGGAGUGUGAGAAGAAGAAAGCUGAAAGUGAGGUCGAGGCUUGGAAGCGAAAGUUUGAAGAGUUGGAAAUGUGGGCGUUGAAGUUAACUGGGGAUUCCGUUGAAGCGAGCAGGGGAACAGAACCGAAUGAAAGGAUGAGACCUGAGGAUGGGUUGAAGGUUGGAGUUGGCAUGGAAAGUUCGAGGAGCAAAGAUAUAGCUGUGAAUGUAGUCGAUCUUAGCUCUAAAUAUAACUCCCCUGGUAAAGGGAUCUGCCAUCUGCAAGCAGCAGGUACACCUCCUAACAUCACACUUAAUGAGCAUCGCGAUGGUACUAAGGAAAGAAAGAGAUCUGGUAUGGAAUAUGGUAAAGUUAGUCAAGCAAGAAAACAGCUGGAAUUCAAGGACGAUAGAAGUCCGUGCAAGAAGAUAGCUCCAUGUACGCCAUGUGGUAACAGACCUUACUCUCAUAGUGUCAUUGAUAUCAGUGACAGUGAUGAUGAACUUAUUGCUGAUAACGAAAGAGUGUUGGCUACUGAUAAUCCUGGAAGCAGAAAGUUCUUCAUUUCAUAUGAUUCUGUAAUAGGAGAUUUGGCUACCAAAAGCAUUUUAAAGCAGGCACAUACUGAACAUAAUGAUCAAGAAGAUGUGGAUAGUUACAAUGAGAAAUUACUGGCUUUUUCAACACCCAAAAGAAAACGAGCUUCUAAUGUUGUGACCAGUGACUCUGAAAGUAGUGAUGAUAAUAUUCCUAUCAGUUCAGUCAAGAGAAUGUAUCUUCAGGAAAGAAAACAUGAUCAAGUAGGAUCUGAUGUGAAUGGCAACUUAGAGACUGCUACUGCUUCUGCGAUUGAUGAUGCUAGUUUUACCUUUCCAAAGCGGCGCCUAGGUAGGUUGAGAAAAUGUGGGGAAACAGAUCAGGCACAAUGGAAUUCAAGUCAGACUAGUGAAACUAAAAAUUAUCGAGGACCAAACAAGGAUGUUGAAGAAGAUGAACCUGAAGAGGUUGAAUCGGAGAGUGAAGGUGAGAGCUUGGGUGGGUUUAUUGUGAACAGCUCUGAUGUUUCAGAAAGUAAUGCUGCUUCUAGUGAGUCAAAUAGUGUGUCAGAUGAUGAUGUGAACUUUGAGAAUGCUCUAUCAAUAUUACAAAGGAACAAAGAUCACAACACAAAGUGGGAAUACGAGGCAGACAUGCUUGCUGCAUUUGGUAAGGAUCCAGAGCUGUGCAUGAGAGCUGUAUGUGCUCUUUAUAGACAGCAAACUUCUGGGGAAAAACUUAGUAGGGGGACUUUGUGCUACAAUUCUCGUGGCUUUAGCAAGGUUGACGCCCCCAGGGGCUCUAAGUUGGCUGAAAUUCUUACUGGUGGAGACCCAAAUGGUGAUCUGAAUAUAACUGUGGAGGAGUUGGAGGAGCAUGACCCCGAAGCCAUUGAAAUAUGUAGAACAUUAGCGACACGUUACUCUAAGCAACUGUUUGAGAUCUACAAAAACAAAGAGGAUCCUCUCUUUCUGCCUUCUUGACGGUGCAAGCAAUUUACCUCUAAUGACAUGUAUGUAUAACCCACAACCUCUGCUGGAAGGCUAUCAGAGAUGAGAGCAGGUUUCCAUUUUGGCUGCCUAGUGUGUAUCUUCUUAGUUGGAGAUUUGUAUAUAAAACAUACUAGGAACAUAAAAAAAAAAUUAGGUACCAAUGUCUCAUGUCUAUGUAUGCUAAAUUGGUAUUUUUGUUGUACAGUUAGCUAUAGGCUCUGAUGGGUUUCCUCCGUUGAUUACAUCUUUUCUCUUUUCCAUGGAACUUUUCUUUGGCAUCCAUCAAUCUUCAUGCUCACUGAAAUAUGACACUGUAUAUUCAACUUAUAUUAUUGGGGAUUUCAGGACCCCCAAAAAUUGGUAUC